UAAAGUGUUUCUUCGAACUAGCUCGUUUGACUUUCUUUUUUGACUACUGGUGACUACAAGUAAAAACUAUACUAGUAUCCAGGUUCUGUCGUAUUACGAUUUUACAAUGGCAACCGGUGGUAUCACAGUUGAAUCAGUUCUGGGGAAGAUCAGCAGGGAUCAUCUUGAAUGUGCAGUCUGUUCAGACAACUUUAAGAAUCCCAAAGUUCUGGACUGUCUGCACACAUUCUGCCUUAAAUGCCUCCGCGAGAUGAGAACACGGCAAGAUCCUAAAAACAAGAAGCUCAUCUGUCCGAUAUGUAGAAAAGAAACAAAUUUGGAGAAGAUCGAAGUAGAUGAUCUGCCUCAUAAUUUCACUCUAGAUGCUUUGGUGGAUGAGCUAUAUGUACAUCAGAAGCUUCUGGGGAAUGAACCAUCGCGUGUCACAUGUCAGUCAUGUGAGGAAGAAGAUCGGACAGCCGUUUCAAGAUGUAUGGAUUGUGACCACUUUCUAUGUCAGGACUGCAAACAAGCUCAUGGUCGUUUAGCCGUUACGAGAUCUCACACUACCUACUCACUUGAUCAGUUUCGUUCUGGAGAGAUCGUCUACAAAAGUAAAUUGAGAGAACACAUUCCAAAAUGCCAGAAGCACUUAGACCAGAGUCUAAGCAUUUACUGCAAUACCUGUGAGCAGAUGGCAUGCACUACCUGUAGUGUACUAAAUCAUGGGCAACAUGCCCUCGUUGGCAUACCCGAAGCAUAUGACAGCUUCAAACAACAGGUGGCAGAUCUGGUUUCAAAGGUGAAGAAUAAGAUCAAAGAGCUCAAGGAUGCCAAAGACACAGCAAACAUGUUGCAGAAGAAGUUGGACACAUCAUUUGCUGAAACUACGAGGAAGAUUUCCCAAAAAGCCAACGAUGUGGUUGCAAAGCUCAUAGAUGAAGAGAAGAAGUUGACGCAAGAGACCGAGAAGAUUUACAUAGAAAGGUCUGAGACAUUUAACACUUCUGCCGUUAAAAACAGCAACGAAGCAGACCACUCGGAGCAGAAGCUAGCUGAUGUGUGCAGUCUAAUGGCUGAAACAAACCGCUACGAGGUGCUAGACCUCAAGCAGAAAGUAUUGUUUAAUCUCAAAGAACUAACAGAGAAAAAACCAACAAUCGCACCUGAACACUUGUCAAUGUUUGAUUAUAAGGAAGAAGAAGAUUCCUUUGGGAAAUUGGUAUUGAAAGACCAAACGAACAUUGUGCCUAUGCCUCGGGGUCCGCUCUUAAACCAAUCCACUACAACUAAAGACAACAAACUAUUAAAAAUCCUGAAACACUCGUCUGUAAGUGUCAAGAAGGGGCAAUGGGUAUUAAAAACAGAAUUGGCGAACAAGUUUUCUAAUGCAAACUGUGUUGGAGUUUUUUCAAACAAUAAAAUUGUCGCUGUCGAUAAAGGUGACAAUACACUAGUAACUUUUUUUCCAUUGCAUAGGAGCGAGCGUCAAUUCAAAGUCCUUUUCGAUAACGUACAUUUGGAUGGACUAACAGUGAAUAGAGAUAACAAGCUCAUUGCCCUGGAAAGUCCGUAUGUGAAAGUGUAUGGUGAUGAUUCGUGUGUCACGUUCAUACCAGGUGAUGGAUCGAACGCCAAACCAGUAGGUAUUGCAGUAAGUAAAGAUAACAUAAUAGCGGUGAGCUUCGAAGACAGAGAGGAGAUCUCUUUGCACGAACUCGAUGGCACCUUCAUCAAACUACUAACGGCUCCAGGCGUUGGUAGAUAUUUGACUUUCUACAACAACCAAGUUAUUUACACAACAUCAUCUUCUUCUAGAGCACUAAUAUCAAUAGACUGCUCCACCGACACAAUGGUGUCAGAAUUUGGCAUUGGCGACGACGAUAGCAAAUAUAUAAACCCUACUGAUGUGUGUUGUGACCUUGAUGGGAGUUUAUACGUUUCAUGGAAGGGAUACACGGUUGAGAUUCGCCACUACUAUUACAACAAAAGUGAUGGUGAAACCCUUAAAUACAUUACAGUAAUCAAAGGGUGUGGUAGCGCGCGAAAUAUUCUCAUCACACCCGGUGGUGAGUUAGUAGUAGCUGCGGGAAACACGGUUAAAAUUUAUCAUCGUGUGGAGACAGACGACUAGUAAAUCAAGUACAU